CGGGGGUGGCGGGGGCGGUGGCAGUGGUGUGGCUUCGCCAGCACUGCAUGGCGGCCCCAGUGGAGGUGGUGGAGAAGGUGGUGGCGGCGGCCGCAGUGCAGGUGUUGUUACCCGCGGAAUUCAGCCCCCGCCGCUGCCGCUGCUGCUGGGCAAGCGGCCGCAGGAGAGGAGGUCGCAGGCCCCACCACCCCCGGCUGCUGCUGCUGCCGCUGCUGUGGAGCCCCCGCACAGCCGCAGUCGCAGCCGCAGCCCGGCCGCCAAGCGUCGUGAUGUGGCUCCCGCACACGUCCCAGCACACAGGGCCCCGGAGCGCAGGUCCCCAGCACCCCCGGGCAGGGUCCCCGGCCCGCCUGCCAGCGUCCCUGCUGCUGGUGCUUCUGCUGCUGCUGCACCCCCGGCUGCUCCGGACGCGGGUGGAGGAGGAGCCGCUGCACGCGGGGGUAACAACACCCCGCUGCCCGCUUGCAUGCUGCCCGCCGCGUCGCUGAGCUCCGCCCACCUGCGCGGCUGCAUCCCGCCUGAUGUGUGUCUGCCGCCGCUGCAGCCGGGCGAGCUGCGGCUGUGCGGCCUCACCUUCCACCCGGACGUGGCGCAGCGCGUGCGGAGGCGCAUGGCGGAGUGGGCGGGGCGGCUGAGCUGCCCCCUGGCUCGUGUGGACUUAAUGGCUCAGAUGAACAUCCUCGGUUUGGGUCCUGCUCCUGCUGCUGCUGCCGCUGCCUCGGCUCCUCCCUGGGCUGCGGUGUUUUCGGAGCGCAAGCUGAGUCAGAACAUCAUCUGCACGCGCCUAGCCCGCUUGCUAGGGCUGGCCGGGGAGAGCGGUCACGGAGACGCACCGCUACCCGAGUCCCUGCAGCGGCCGGUCGCAGCGGAAGUGCGGCAGUGUGCGGACGCCGCCCGAGGGGGCGCGGGGCUGCAGGCGUCAGCGCCCAUCAAGCGUAACGCGGUGCUGGGUGUGUUUGGGGGUUACGUGAUGUCGCGGGAGGCCGCCGAGGCGUUCCUGGCAGCCGGCCAGCAGCACUGCAGCGCGGAAACGCGGGCUCGGGUGAGUGGUGCGGUGCGGGGCACGGACGCGGACCUGACGACUGCUUGGCGGCUGCUGGCGGGGUCGUACCGGUUGAGCUACACAGCAGGGCUGGAGGCGGAGGCGGCGGGGGCGGCGGAGGCGGCAGGGGAGGCGGCUGGGGAGGCGGCAGGGGAGAAGGGUGAAGGCGCACAUGGGUCCGACUUGGAGCUGAGCAUGCUGGGGUACGGCAACCUGCUGUCGCUGGUGAACGACCCACGGGUCAACCCGCGAGCCUGGCUGCCGGACAACGACGUGGAGGCGAUUGACGCGAGGACCGAGGGGCCGAACUGCCUGGUUCUUCCCAUCUCGGUUCGCGGCCUGGUUCUGCCGGUGCUGGUCGCCACCCGCGACAUCGCCCCCGGGGAGCAGCUGCUGCGCGACUACGGAGCCGACUGGUGGCGGGAGCUGGCGCCGGUGUGGGAGGUGGCGGAGGACGAUGGACUGGAUUUGGGUGCCCUGUUAGAGGCGGUGCAGCAGCAGGAGCCCCAGCCGGCGGCGGAAAGCGAGCCGGCGACGCAAGCCAUCGCCCCCCUGCCAGCAGCGACCGAAGCCCCCCCUGCCGCUCUUGUGGCGCUGCAGCCGCCUGCUCUAGCCCACCAAUCUCUGCAGUGCAUGAACGACCCCUCCACCACAGCGGCAGCAGCAGCGACUGGCCAGCCCGGCCCUGCUGUGUUGGGUCAGCCUUGUCCCGCUGUGUUCGGCACCAGUUGGGCGGUUGCUGACUUGCAAGCCAGGGGGCAGCAGGCGCAGGCCAACAUCGACCACCCCGCUAUCGCGCUGCAGCGUGACAGCGGGGGGCGUCCCUCCGGAUGCGGCCUUCCAAGCCAGGAGGCAGCAGGCUGGGGCAGCAGCGCGCGUUGGAGUGCAGCUGGUCCGGGAGGGGUGGCAGCAGCAGCAGCAGCAGCCGCGGAGCAGCAGGAGCAGCAGCAGCAACUCAUGGGUCGCACGCGUGUACAAGAAGACACGGCCGACCGCACCCACGCUGAGCCCGUCGGUUGCUGGGAUGAUGGCGGUGAUCGGGAGGGGGCAUGCGGCGCCGGCGGGAGGGGCAACCACCGCGAUCGCUCAUACUGGUACGGCGACCAGGAUGAUCACCCUGCGUACGGCAUGAGCAGCCGUGAUGACCUCCGACGGUACGGCAGCCGGCGUGAUGCCGACGGCCGCGGAGACAGUGACCGUGACCGCGACCGUGACCGUGACCGCGACCGUGACCGCGACCGCGACCGCAGCCGCGACAGGGAGCGCCGUUAUCGCAGUCGCAGCCGCAGCCGAGGACGAGACUGGCGGCGAGGCGGCAGCUACUGGACGCAGGAAUGGGGCCACAGGACACGCAGCCACAGCCGCGAUCGUCACCUUGUGGGCCGGCAGCAGCAGCAGCAGCAAGCAUCUAGCAUGCGGGGCCGCAGCCGCAGCCCGGGGGCACAGGCGCGUGAGGGGGGCUGUGAGCCGCUGCUCCUACCGCGACAGCAGCAGCAGCGCGGCAGCAGCGCGGGUGCGGAGCGGCUGAUGGCUGCCGAGCAGCUGCCGGGGGGGUCGAGGUGGGGGCCGGCGGCGGAUCCACAGCAGCAGCAGCAGGGGCAGCAGCAGCAGCAGCAAGGCGAUACGGGCGCUCUGCCACCCGGCCUGCAGCGGGAACAGCAGGGGCAGCAGCAGCAGCCUCGAUCGAGGAGGUGGGGGGACGUUUCCCACUUGACGCCAGUAGGCCCUACAGCGACAACUGCAGCAGCAACUGCGGCUGCGGCAGCGGGUGUGUCACCAAGCAGUGCCAGCACUGCCGGGUCCGCGGCGCCAACGGCAGCAGCAGCACCAGCACCAGCGGCAGCACCCCCACCCCCCUCGCAUGCUCAAGGUCUGUUCAUGAUCAAACCCAACCGCCCGCACCUCAAAAUCGUGCUGCAACGCUCCCAGGAGGCGUGCAAGGAUCACUCCCCACCGCUUUUUGCCCCUGCCACCGCUGCCCCUGUUUCGUCUCCCACGGGGGCUCUCAUGGGUUCCCCGGGGGCCGUCACCGCCGCUGCAGCCGGGCGGUCGCUGCUGCGGGGGAAGGACGACACAGCCAGGGAGGAGGGUGCGUCGGAGCCGCUGCCGCCGGCGGCUUCCAGCGCUUCCGCAUGCGGACGACCCUUGCAUGCGCCUGCUGCGCCUGCGGCUGCUGCGGUUGCUGGCAAGACGGGCACUGUUGUCAAGGGCAGCAGCAGCAGCAGCCGGGAACCCGACUCGGCUGCGGGUCCUCUGCCGGCGGUCAUGAAUGAUGCUACUGCGACGACAACGACGACAACGAUGACAGCGGCGGCGGCGGCGGUGAUGGGUGGCCACUCCGCUCCCGCACGUGGUCCCGCUACCUACGCCGAGCUACCCAUGCCGCAGCGGUGUGACCUGCGCCGCGGGGUGCAGGGAGUGCGGUUGUCGUCGUCGUCGACGGCGGAAGGGGCGCGGUCCGGCGGCGGCGGUGGUGAUGGAAAGGGGACGUCGGCGACCCAUGGGUCACUGCGGGAGCUCUUGGCCGUUUUGGGCGAGGAGUUGGGAUUGAAUGCGGAGCUUCGCGUGCUGAUGAGCAGUCGGCUGGAUAACUUGGGGAAGGCGGCUGUGGUGGCGGCCCAGCAGCUGGUGCAGCUUGGGGAGCUGCGGGGUGGUGUGAGGGGGGCGGUGUUGCGGGUGGCGUGUGCACCUGUGGCGGGGCUCAAGCUGCGACUGGCGCACCCCAGCCCCUCUGCGGCCCGCCCUGCCCCCGUGUGGCUGGACGUGCGUGUGACGGCCCACUUCGGGGAGCUGCUGGACAACCUGGUCGCAGCGGAUGCGAAAACCCGGCUGGCGCUGACCUCCUGGCUCUAUUCGCUCAACACCUUCCAGCCCUUCGUCAAACUGCAGCUGGACCCCGGGGCCGCGGGCGGCUGCGGGGCCCGGCAGCUGCAGGCCGGGCAGCAGCAGCAGGGUGGGGGAGGGGAGGCCGCGGCGGCGGUCAGUGUUCCGCUUAACACGGCGGAUGUGGACGAGCUGUACGUGCGGCAGGACAUGCACCGCCAGCCCGUCCCCCUGGCGCCCGCUGAGCCCCCCGCCACGACACCCGCACAGCCCUCCGCCCUCACCGCCCCCACCCCCACCCAACCCCUCCAAGCGGCUGGGCUGGCGCAUCCACACGCGCCGCAAGCCGCCCACACCGCUCCGUACCACCCAGCAACCCAACCAGCCCAUCAGGGGCUAGCUGCGGGGCCCCCCUGGCAUGCAACCGGCGCCCAUGCGGCCUCACACCUGACGCAUGCAGCACCCGCAGCAGCUGCUGCCUGGUAUGGGGCCGGGAGCUAUCCGCAGUACCAAUAUACACAACCUGCACACCACCCACCUCCUCCUCAGCAACAGCAGCAGCAACAACAGCAACAGCAGUACUAUCAGCCGCAGUACUACCACAGCCAGCAGCAGCAUUACGCAUAUCUGUACUGGAAUAACGGGGGGUACCAGUACCCGCAACCCUACCCGCACCAGCAACAGCAGCCGCCGCUUGAGGCUGCUGCUGUUGCAGGAGGAGAGCCGGUUGCUGUCGAAGAUGGCGAGCAGGCGGGAGUUCCCUGGUCGCCCGCACCCUACCGCGGCGAGCAGGGUGAUGAGCAGGGCAAGCAGCAGCAGCAGCAACAGCAACAUGGGGUUGCGGCUGCCGGGGCAGCAGAGGCAGGGGGCACGCAGGGG